GUGGUAAAAAAACCAUAACUGGAAGAGAGAGCAUCAAAGCGGAAGUUGCAGGAUAAGGAAUGAGAAUUGCAAACGUGGGAUUCAAACAACCCUCCACGUUCUACGAACUACCAACCAGAUCAAAGCCGGCACCUCGAUUUCAAUUCCUAUUCUUUCACAUCCUUCCCCCUCACUCCCAACACCAUCUCCACUCCCUCUCUCGCUCUCUCUAAAAUCUAAAAUUAAAUCACGGUGUGUUUCUGAAUGCAGGGAAGAGGAAUUCUCGAAAUUUAGCUUUGCGCAGGCAAAGUGUGGGCUUUGAGAGCGAGCCAAAACUAUCUAGCGAUUCGAUGGAAUCGGAGAAGGAAUUUCCAGGGUUGAACCAGAGCCUGUACUCGACUAUUGAACCUACCCUCUAGAGAAAAGCUUGACGGAGCCGAAACCGUGACCAACCGUCAUCCGCUUUCUCCCAUAACAUCAUACGCUUAUUCUCGCAACUCUCCUCGCAGUCCACACCGGAUGCCUUCGGCAUUGUGUUCGACAUCGACGGCGUCGUUUUACGAAGCGAAGCUCCCAUCGGAGGCUCUCCUCGGGCCUUCAGAAGAUUGUAAUCUCAGGAUUCCAUACGUGUUCUUGACAAAUGGAGGUGGGAUUAGUGAAUCCAAAAGAGCCCUUGAGUUAAGUUCACUUUUAGGAGUGAAGAUUUCACCUUUACAGGUUUUACAGGGCCAUACACCUUUUAAGCAGUUACUAAACAGUGAAAACACAUACCAAAGCAACAAAGCUAUGAUGGUGGGAAUAAUCAUUCUCAGUAAAGCGGCAAUGGAGACCCGGCAUCAGCAUUUUCAAGUUGAUCUGGGGAGGCAUUAGUGAAGGAAUGUAUAAAGAGAGGGACCGAGUUGGUUUAAGCUAUUGCGAAUAGUCUUUUCAACUCACAUUCAACUGAAGGCAUAGACGGUCCCAUUGUGCACAUGUUCGCUUCCUGAAACUAAGCUGCCAAGAUAGAAAGCAUGUUUGAUCAUGUAUAUGAGCAUUUGGUAGUGAAACAUGUAUAGUGCUUCACAAUUGAAAAGAAGUGGAAUGGUAGUUUCAGGUGGACCGUAUUUGAUUGAGAAUAAGAUACCGUGCAAUAUCGAUUUUGGAAUGAAUGUUGGGGAUGAGGUAUAUAUCUUAAACCAGAUUACUUAAUUAUAGUUAAAUUAACUUUUUUUUCUUUUUCUGUUAUGUAGCUGAAGCAGCUAAAGUUGAGUGUUUUAAUCGGUUGUAUAUAUCACCCAGUUUACCUGUUCCUACAGCUGCUCAACAGGGACGAGUUUCACAGCAGUUGGCAUUGGUUGCAGACCCAUUUGUUGAGGCUCGAAGAAAAAGGAAGUGGGGAAAGUGUAUUCUUGCCAUAGAUUUUCUGUUGGGAGUGAGUGUUGAAGAAAAGGGAAGGUGAUAACAGCGGAAGAGGUGGCUUUUUGCUUUUGGCCUUUUGUUUUCUUCAUUUUGCUUAAUGUUGAGACUUGAGAAAAGAACUUCUAAUGUUGAACCCCAAUUCGAGAAGAUAAUGUGAAGAAAACAAAUAUUCGUAA